AUGGCGCCUAGCAACAAUCUCAUCAGCACACUGCGGAGUCGGGUGCCUGGUGCAACUACCACUUCAGUUUCCACCCCCACGGGCGCCUGGUCAUCCUUCCCCCUUGAGGACUUCUGCCCUGAGACCUGCAUCUUCCCUCUCACCGCUUCCCUGACCUCUCACACUUGUCUUCAUGACGCUCUGUUCUAUCCACCUCCUGGUCUUCCAAGACCACAUCUUAUGCGGAGAAAACUGUCCCACACAGGCUUCGAACUCCUGGCUGUCCGCCCUCUGGGGCCUGGAACCCCGCCAGCCAAGCGGAGCUGCUGGAAUGGAGGAUUCUGCGGCCCCUCUGCCUUCACCAACCCCAAAGACUCAGAAGAAGUGGUGGUUAGAGGCCUUGGCCGCCUUCUACCAAGCAUGUUCUCCUCCAUUCUCCUCAUCUAUCUUCUCUUCACCUGCCUCUGGCCACUGUCUGUCCUCUACUUCAUCUGGCUCUACACAGACUGGGACACGCCCACCCGAGGUGGAAGACGUUCUGAGUGGUUCAGGAACAUUGGAAUUUGGAAACACCUACGGGAUUAUUUUCCUAUCAAGCUGGUGAAAACGGCAGAGCUGCCCCCUGACAGGAACUACAUCUUGGGGUCACACCCCCAUGGAAUCAUGUGCUUCGGGUCCUACUGCAACUUUGCCACUGAGAGCACUGGCAUCUCCCAGUGCUUCCCUGGGCUUCGGAUCUCCAUGUUGGUGCUGGCAGGGCUCUUUCGGAUGGCCUUCUACCGUGAAUACAUCAUGUUCUUGGGAAUAUGCCCUGUCAGUCGCAGCAGCAUUGACUUUAUCCUGAACCAGCAGAAGAAGGGCCAGGCCGUCUUAAUCACGGUUGGUGGUGCCCAGGAGUGCCUGUAUGUGAAGCCCGGAGAGCACAAGCUGACCCUCAAGAACCGCAAAGGCUUCGUACGUCUGGCGCUUUCCCACGGGGCCUCCCUGGUACCUGUCUACUCCUUUGGGGAGAAUGAUGUCUUCCAUUGCAAGACUUUUGCUACUGACUCGUGGCAGUACCUGGCACAGGUGGCCUUCAAGAAGCUGUUGAACUUUUCUCCUUGCAUCUUCUCAGGCCGAGGGUUCUUCUCGCCUAACUCCUGGGGGCUGCUGCCCUAUGCUGUGCCCAUCACCAGUGUGGUGGGCCGCCCUAUCCACGUGCCCCAGUGUUGCUCCCCAACUGUGGAACAAGUUGACUAUUACCAUAUGCUCUACAUGAAGGCUCUGGAGGAACUGUUUGAGGAGCACAAGGAAAACUACGGUGUUCCUGCCUCUUCUCACCUCAUCUUCUCUUAG